AUGUCCAGAGUGGUGAGUGCCUUAGAUUACAGUAGUUUAGUCCCUAAAUCUCAUGGAAUUGUGAUUAAGUCAAGACCCCAACCUACGUCAGACAAAUCAUCAAGUUGCAGCAGACAGAGCUCUGUCAAAUCAACCUCAAGUAAGUAUUUGCGUAACUCUGCAUCUGUCAGCUCUGUCCCCAAUCCAACAUUGUCCUCAAAGGAUAUUGAAGAGGCUUUGAUUCAGAAGAUGGCUACAAAAGAAGAUGAACUUAAAAAAGCGUUUCAGACGGUUGACAUUGGUCAGACCCUAAAAGUCACCAAAGGUGAAUUUAGAAGAGUGAUUGAAACAUUCAUCUUCCCCCUAACACAAGAACAAUUUGAUGAUGUCCUGGCAAAGAUUCCAGGCACAAGCAAAGUUAGCGUUCCUUAUUUUGAGUUCUUGUCAAGAUUUGCUAAGCCAUUCAGGAGUCUUUGCGCAAAGUGGACUAGUAAUGGAGAAAUCCAGUCAAGGACAUUAAGUCAGCUGGAAUGCCUCUUAAGGGAAAAGAUUUCCAAGAAGCUGAGACAAUUUAUGAGGACAUGUAGACUGUUUGACUACAAUCAAAAUGGGCAGAUCCAGAGACAUGAGCUGAGACGAAUUCUUGAGGUCAAUUGCUUCAAGAUGGCGGAUUGUGAGUACGAUAAACUGUGGAAUCGGUACUGUAUUUCUAGGACAAAUACACUGAAUUAUAAAGAGUUUUUGCAGUAUCUUGGCAUAAAUUUGGAUAAAAAAAAGAAAAGAAUCAUGGAACGUCAAGACUCAGUGCUGGACCAAAGUUAUUCACCAGACGAAGAGAAAAGCCGAACAAAACUACACUCACCUACUACUGCAGGAUAUAAUUUGACAAAAAUCCAUCUAGAUGGCGUUGCAAAGGAUUUUAGAGAGAAGGUGUGUGCAGUCUAUCAGGACCUUGUGAAAGCCUUCAGAGCAUUUGAUGUUGGUCGCUCUGGAUUUGUCUCUUUGGAAUAUUUAAAAUCAGUCCUUAACACUUUUAUAUUUCCCAUACGAGCUGAUGUUUUUCAAGAGAUGAUGAACAGAUUUGGAAUAAAAGUGUCGAAAAGUAUGGCUUGGGAGAGAUUUUUAGAUAAGUUUCAAGACCCCAUUAUAUUUGAAUAUCACCACCCAUCUGCUACAAGAAAACACCGGCGAAGAAGAGAGUUAGAUGAAGCUUUUGCAAGUGACCGUAUCCUCCUAAAGCUGCACGGACAUAUCCACGAUGCAUAUGUAUUACUGAAGAAAGCCUUCCUUAUGCUUGACAGAAAUCAAGAUGGAAAGAUCACAAAAAAUGAACUCCGUCGGAUUUUAAAUUGUAUCAUGUUCCAAAUAACUGAUGAUGACUUUGAUGAACUAAUGAAAAUCAUUGAUCCAGAGGACACUGGGCAGAUUAGCUACAAUAAAUUUUUAAACCUGUUUGAAGAUAAGGAUGUAAUAGGAGAUUCCAAAUGGAUUAACAGUUCAACGAAGGCGAAAAAGCCAUAUGCUGCCCUGGAAGCCUGGAAUAUUGCAGAAGAUGUUCUAACCGAGCAAAUCAAGGGAUACUGGAAUGAAUUUGACAAAGCUUUGCAAGCAUGUGACCCUCGAAGUACAGGUGUUAUUAGUAGAAAUAAUUUCCGAAAAGUUCUUCAGGUCUACUGUCCCUCAUUAACCGAUGACCAUUUUAUUGCGCUAUAUCAGAAGUAUCAAGAUAAUAACACAGAAGGGGUCCUCUACAGAAUGCUUUUACAUAGUUUAGGAGUUGCUGAUCUGCCAAAGGAAUUUAUGGCCAUGGUAAACAGCACUUUGCCCCACAGAAGUCAGCAGAGAGAAGAAAAAAGGCAGAUGGACCUUUCAGAGAGAACGAAACAGAUUGAAGAUUGUACUAACGAAAACACCAGGAACAGUGCUGUUGAUGCAGUAAUUGAAAGACUAAGGGAUGGUAUCCUGCAUCGGGACGCUGGCCUCAGAGACUGUUUCCUUUCCUAUAAGAAGCAAGCUGGUGGAAAAUUGAGUAAAACUGAUUUCCGCAAGUUAUUGGAAGAUAUUUGUAUGCCCUUGGAAGAUGAUCAGUUUAAUCUACUCAUAGAGAAAAUAGGAUUCCCAAAUGGAGGGCUGAGUUAUCUUGAUUUUGUGGCAAUAUUUGAAGAUUCCAGACUGACUGGACGUGGACACGGUACACAACAGCAAAUAAACAUCAGCAAGUGUCACUUUGUUUCAGCUGAAGAGUGCCUUAGCCAGUUUAGUGAUAAACUGGUGGAAGAAUACGGGGACCCAUACAUUGCCUUCCGUAAAACAGACAGAAGCCAUCAUGGUAUAGUCAACAUGCUGGAUUUCCGAAGCCUCCUGGAUACCCUUUUUAUUAGCAUAACAGAUGAAGAAUAUACACGUCUGCUUGGUCUCUUGGGUAUGAAUGUGACAUCUACAUUAAACUACCCAGAAUUCCUUCACUUGUUCCAAGAACAUGCAAAUAAAGAGACACGCCCUUGGCUAGCCCCAUCUAACAAAUCUAAACAGAUAACUGCCGAUGUGGAUCUAGCUUGUGAACAAGCUCAUCACUAUCUUAGUAUCAAAGCACAAAGCAGAUGGAAUGACCUAGCCAUGUUUUUCCGUGAAUAUGAUAGUGAUGGAAAUAACAUUGUUCUGAAAAAGGAUCUGAAAGAUGUCCUGUACAGAGGUGCCAUUCCCUUAAAUCCAAAAGAAUAUGAUAAACUCUGGGCAAGGUAUGAUGUGGACUCAAAAGGCUAUGUUACUCACCAAGAGUUUCUACAGAAAUUGGGGGUGCAGUGUACACCUCCUAGCACUGGACUCAACAAACAGUUUACGGAAGACAACUGUGUACCCUUUAUGAAGCAUUACAAAAAGGUAGAAAGGAAACGAACAGACAUCGGUGAGAUUAUAAAUAAAAUCAGGAAAAAAUACCAGGAUUGCUCCCACGAUUUCCACAAGGCCCUUUUGCAGCAGGAUAGCAAUAGAGAAGGCUGCAUAACAGUGGGCAACCUGUGCAAGGUGCUGGAAAACUUCGACUUUUGUCUGGAAUAUGAGGAGUACAGUGAACUUCUAUACAGAUUGGGCAUUAGCAUUCAGGACAACAAGCUCUCAUAUUUUGAUUUUCUAAGAGCAAUUGGUGAUCAAGGAGCAUUUAAAAAGAAAAAGCGUGUCCUGCCACCUGUUCCACCCAUCAGCUUCAUGCAACUCGGCAUAGAUGAAGCCAUGAAGAAGAUAAAACAGAUAGUUACAGAUUCAUGUGAUUUGUUAUACAAGGCCUUUUCUGCUUUCGACAAGGAGGAUACAGGGACAGUUUUAGCCAAGGAUUUCCGGCAGGUGCUUCACCACUUCUGUUUUACGCUAUCAGAGAAGCAAUUCAACCAUCUCCUCAGACUUCAGCGGCUUCGUGGUGAGCACUCCGUAGACUGGAAAUAUUUCCUGCAAAAAUUCAACUUCUUCUCAGAGACUGAGAGAGACCGUAUGAAAUUUGCCUGUGGGGAUCUGACGAAUCAACAGGUAUUCGACCGUAUACGAGAAGUAGUGAGCACUCGUUUUCAGGCCAUUGAGCAAGACUUUAAAAAUGCAGAUUGUGGAAAGACAAAUGUCGUGUCAAAAGAAGACUUCAGAAAUAUUUGCCACCGGUGGUUUAUGCUUCUGACUGAUCAGCAGUUUGAGAGUCUCUGGAAUACUGUCCCUCUUGACCUUAGUGGGAAAUUGAAAUAUCCUGCAUUUUUGAGGAAGUUCAAUACUGAAGCAUCUGCAAUGCCUGAUACUCCCAGUGCAAACCAUUUUGAAGGCCCUGAAAAGCCUGCAAUGCUAGCUGAACCCGCAUCACAGUUGCCUUCACGCCCCAGAACAGCUAGGUCUCCAUCAUCUCCAAACAAAAUGCCAGAUGCCAGCAGGCCAUGUACUGCAGCAGUUCAGAGUUCACCUAUUCUGAACUGCAAACCAAUUGAAAAUAAACUCCAAAAAAGUGUUCAACAUUGUUGGAAAGAUAUGUUGAAGGAAUGCCGAGAGAAGGAUGUUGACCGCCUGGGAGAAAUCCCAACAGAAGAUUUCUUAACUAUAGCAGAGAAAUUUCAUUUGAAUAUAACCAAAGAAGAACGUAAGCAACUCAUAACAAAAUAUGAUUUUAAGAGUGUUGGUAAAUUUGCAUACUGUGACUUCUUACAAAGCUGUGUGCUGUUGCUUAAACCACAAGAAACAUCUCCUCUACAAAGGAUUGUAAUCCAAAAUCCACGAAUCCAGAAACCCUGUGGACCACAAACAGCAACAUUUUUCAAUGCAAUGAUGAGGAUUCAGCCUCAGAUUCUGCACUGCUGGAGGCCAAUGAGACGAACUUUUAAGAUGUAUGACAAAAGCGGGAAUGGACUCCUCAGCAUUCAGGAUUUCCGACAGGUACUCCGAAAGUAUAGCAUCAAUCUGUCUGAAGAGGAGUUCUUUCACAUCUUGGAAUAUUAUGACAAAGCAUUAACUUCCAAAAUCUCCUACAAUGAAUUCCUCAGAGCAUUUCUGCAGUAGAAAGAAGCGCUAUCUCCAGUCUUGAGAGAUCAG